AACACAAGUCGGUAGGUCUGCGGCUGUUCUCUGCGGCCAACUCGCUGACAGUUCCCAGUGUGCCGACAGCUCAGGACUCCGGAACUAGUUUUGUAGAAAUCCUGUCAAACAGUAUGAAGAAAAACAGAGAAAGAUUCUGCAACAGAGAGCGGGAAUUUGUGUAUGAAUUCAAAGUAGGAAGUCAGUGUUUAGAACUGAGGGUGCCACUCCAAUUUCCUGUUCAAGAGAAUGCCAGUCAUUUGCAUGGACGCCUGAUGCUGCUGCACAAUCUACCGUGCUUUAUAGAAAAUGAUUUAAAAGAAGCUCUGAGGCAGUUUAUAGAAGAAGAAUCGCUCCGAGAUUAUGAUAGAGAUGCUGAGGCAUCCCUGGAAGCUGUGAAAUCAGGUGAAGUAGAUUUACAUCAGUUGGCAAGUACAUGGGCCAAAGCUUAUGCUGAGACCACAUUAGAGCAUGCAAGGCCUGAAGAGCCUAGCUGGGAUGAAGAUUUUGCAGAUGUGUACCACGACCUAAUCCAUUCUCCUGCCUCUGAAACUCUCCUUAAUUUAGAACAUAAUUACUUUGUCAGCAUCUCAGAACUGAUCGGUGAAAGAGAUGUAGAACUGAAAAAAUUACGAGAGAGGCAAGGUAUUGAAAUGGAUAAAGUGAUGCAAGAAUUGGGAAAAUCACUGACAGAUCAAGAUGUAAAUUCACUGGCUGCUCAGCAUUUUGAAUCCCAGCAAGACUUAGAGAAUAAAUGGUCGCAUGAAUUAAAACAAUCAACUGCCAUCCAAAAGCAAGAGUAUCAGGAAUGGGUGAUAAAACUUCAUCAAGACCUAAAAAACCCCAACAACAGCUCCCUCAGUGAGGAAAUUAAAGUUCAGCCAAGUCAGUUCAGAGAAUCUGUAGAAGCAAUUGGAAGGAUUUAUGAGGAACAGAGAAAGUUAGAAGAAAGUUUUACCAUUCACUUAGGAGCCCAGUUGAAGACCAUGCAUAAUUUGAGAUUGCUGAGAGCAGAUAUGCUGGAUUUCUGUAAGCAUAAAAGAAAUCAUAGAAGUGGUGUGAAACUCCAUCGCCUCCAAACAGCACUAUCACUUUAUUCUACAUCUCUCUGUGGCCUGGUUUUACUAGUAGAUAAUCGAAUUAAUUCAUAUAGUGGUAUUAAAAGAGAUUUUGCCACAGUUUGCCAAGAAUGUACUGACUUCCACUUUCCCCGAAUUGAAGAACAACUAGAAGUGGUCCAACAGGUGGUACUCUAUGCUAGGACCCAGCGCAGGAGUAAGUUGAAAGAAUCACAUGAUUCUGGAAACCACAAUGGAGGAAGUGAUGAUAAGACUAAGAAUGCUGAGAGAAACUAUUUAAACAUUUUACCAGGAGAAUUUUACAUUACACGGCAUUCUAAUCUCUCAGAAAUCCAUGUUGCUUUCCAUCUUUGCGUGGACGACAAUGUGAAGUCAGGAAACAUCACUGCUCGUGAUCCUGCAAUUAUGGGACUCCGAAAUAUACUCAAAGUUUGCUGUACCCACGACAUCACUACAAUAAGCAUUCCUCUCUUGCUGGUGCAUGAUAUGUCAGAAGAAAUGACUAUACCCUGGUGCUUAAGGAGAGCAGAACUUGUGUUUAAGUGUGUCAAAGGUUUCAUGAUGGAAAUGGCUUCGUGGGAUGGAGGAAUUUCUAGGACAGUGCAAUUUCUGGUACCUCAGAGUAUUUCUGAAGAAAUGUUUUAUCAGCUUAGUAACAUGCUCCCCCAGAUCUUCCGAGUAUCAUCCACACUCACUCUGACAUCCAAGCACUAAAGCCUUAUAGAUUGACGUGCUGGCAGAAGAGGAUUGUUAAACUCUCCAGGAACUUGAGCUAUGCUGGGAUUCUGUCAAGCAGAAGAUGCCCAGAAAGAGAGCCUACAACUGAAGCCACAAAUCAAAUCAUGAUAUAUGUCUGUUAAACAUUCCAAAAAUUUAUAUAGUGCACAGACUAAUGGUUAGCCCCUAACUUAAACAUUUACUCUUAAAGUCUAUUUAUGAAAGAAUCUCUCUUUUUUUCCUACUAUGUCCUACCUGUGAAUAUUAGUAAGUUAAAACUUUCUGUUUAUCACACAUGGACGCUUGCUUUAGGAAACUGUUCGAUAUAUUUUCAUGGAGACAUUUGAUUUUUCCAAAAGGCUUGAAUCAUAUCAGGUGCUAGGCUUAGUUAAAUAUACAAAUAAAAUCUUCCUUCUACUUUGUUUGGCAAACCAGAAUUUGAAAUGACUGAAAUAAAUAUUAUAAGUAUGAA